GCAGUGUUCACUGUGGAGGCAGACAUCAUCCUCCACACGGUGAACCCUGACCUCGUCUCCUCCGCUGAGGGAGGUGGGAGGAUAUGCGCAGGCCUGCGGAGGAAGGAUGGCAGCGGCCCACAUGUAGGGGGAUUCCUGCAGGACAAGCAGCAGUUCGGCACAACAGCUGCAACAGUAUUUGAGAGGGAAUACCUGCUGGAUGGUGGAUCGGUCGAAAACCAUCAUUUGGAUCGUCAGCAGGGUAAUGGCUCCUGUGCUGCACAGACUUACAGGAAUUACAACUCAAACGAUAAUGGCUCUGUGGAACUGGAUGUCCCUCGUCAUACUGACCCCACUGUGGACAAACUAAAUGCUGCCACGAACCAAGGUUGGACACAAGGCAAAAAUGUUCUCAGUGAGAACCACAAUGGCACCAGGGCAAAAGUGUCCCAAGGUCCAAAUUCCUCAAUGUCCUUCUCUAGUCAAACUGCAGAGGGAGUGGGCGACAGCAUGUCCGCUGGCGGAAGCAGUUCCGGGAGAGUUCAGUUUCAAAUGAAAAACAUCUCUGCCCCUGCCGGGGGGCAGGGGACCACUGUGCCUGACACGUAUUGUGUCAACGCUGGAGCGCAGCCAACCGCUAAGGAGCUGGCCAGCUCUUUCACUCCAGUCUCUCAUGCAGCUGACCCGCUUGGCUAUGACACACUGCACGAACGUUUAGGACUCGAAUCGAGCCUCGGGCAUGGUGACAGCAGUCUGAAAGUGGAAAACGCACAGUCUAAAAAGGAGCCUGAUUUAGUCAUCGAGGUCAGUGGACAGAAAAUCAACGCCCACAAGUCGGUUUUAGCGGAGAAGAGUGACUACUUCAAAGCACGGCUGUCGAGGGACAUCCUGAAAGUCAAGGGGGUAAAUUACAAGACCUUAUCCUUGCUGAUAGACUAUGUUUAUACGUCUAAUAUGAAUGUCUGUAAGGACAACGUUGUGGACAUCAUCACUGGGGCCAAGAUCCUCCAGAUCCCCUGUGCAGUUCAGGCCGCCAUGGACUCAAUGUCCAAACAAAUCACUGCAGAGAACUGCUAUGAGGUUCUGACCAUUGCCAAGAAGCAGCGGCUCAACGAGUUGAAGGAGACCGCCUACCGAUUCAUGAGCGACAACUUCCUCCAGAUCCUGAAGGACCCCUCGGUGUAUGGGCGCCUGACCGGAUCGGAGAGAGAUUUGAUCCUGAAGAAGAGAACUGAGGGAAAAAGGUGCCUGAUGGUGGCAGAGAUCAAUGACGUGUUCGAUCGUGUAGGAAGCAGACCGCCGAGUCGCUGCAGCAGUCGGCCUCAGAGCCCUCUAUCAGUGGCAUCUUUCGAGGAAAACCACAUGAUUUAUUACUUCAAUGAGAUAGACAAUGACUGGAGGCCUUUGACUCAGAUGCCCGAGGACAUAAACACCAAAGGGUGUGGGAUCUGCACGAUGUACAACUACCUGUUUGUGGCGGGGGGGAUAAAGGGUUAUGGGGACAAGGUAAAGGUUUCAGACAAGGUCUACGCUUAUAACCCCAUCACCAACCGCUGGACCGAGGUCAGACCUCUUAACCAGGCCCGCGCACAGCUCAAGCUCGUAUCUAUGGAUGGUCACCUGUACGCCAUUGGUGGGGAAUGUUUGUUUACAGUGGAGAAAUAUGACCCACGUAUGGACCGUUGGACCACGGUUGCUGCCCUGCCCAAAGGGGCGUUUGCGGUGGCCCACGAAGCCACCACUUGCAACGGGGAACUCUACGUUUCUGGCGGCUCUCUCUUCUACCGCCUUCUCAAGUACGACCCCAAGAGGGACGAAUGGCAGGAGUGUCCCUACAACAACAGCAGGAAGAAGUCCACCGAUAUGGUGGCUCUGAAAAGCUUCAUCUACCGCUUCGACGUCAACCGCGAGCAGGGGAUCAGCGUGUUCAAGUACAACACCAUAGUGAAGAUGUGGCACGACUGUGCGUCGCAGAGGCAAGGUAGUCCUUUACCUUUCAGGUGUGUCGUUAUCGGGAACUGCAUCUUCUGUGUAAACAAGACCCAGACCCUUCAGUUCAUUGUGGAGGAAGAGAACGCUUACUUUGUUGAGGAGCCGCUAAGGGCUCCUCUGGAGGCUAAAGGCCUGCUGUUUCCCUUCGUUCUCACUUUGGCUGAAAAGUCUGAAAAAUUCACAAUCUAGCGUGGUGCAGAAUAUUAACACGGCGUUUCAUGAAUCUGGAACAGGAACUAAAACCCUGUGAGUACUUUUCAACGUAAGCUUUAUAUUUCCCGUUGUCCAGUUUAACUGCUUGAAACAGA